GGUCAGGGAAGGGCUCGAGAGAUGGCCGCGGCGCCAGGCGGAGAAGGCCCGGCUUCCGAGGCGGCAGGACCGGGCGGCGUCAACGUGUUCGCCAACGACGGUUCUUUUCUCGAACUGUUCAAGCGGCGCAUGGAGGAAGCCUCUGCGUCGGGAGGAAAGAGUGGACGAGAAAUGCCGAUCGCCGGAGCCGAGAAGCGGAAAGAGACCGAACCGCGGCCAGAGCCUCCCGGGGACCCAGAGCCACCGGGAAAGAAGCGGAGCGGGAGCGCCCUCAGCUUCGUGGGCAAGCGGAGAGGGGGCAGCAAGCUAGCCCUGAAGACAGGAAUGGUAGCCAAGAAACAAAAGACAGAGGAGGAGGUUUUGACAAAUAAAGGAGAUGCAUGGGCGAAAUAUAUGGCUGAAGUGAAAAAGUACAAAGCCCACCAGUGCAGUGAUGAUGAUAAAACCCGGCCUUUAGUGAAAUAACUUUUAUCUCCAGCCUGGACUGUCUGUGAUGUACAUAAUUAUUUAAAAUAUCAAAGGAGUAGUGCUGUCCCACAAGACUGAAUGCUGCCAUGGCAGCAGGAGACUUGCCAUACUUUUAUAUUUGAAAACUUAAGAGCCUCCUUCACUGAUUCGUUUAUUGUUUUCCCCUUCUUCUGAGAGCUAAGAACUUUGACUUAGUUGCCAGAUUUUUAAUUUGUAACACCCUCUCUCCAAAUAGUGGAAUUGGUCUGACAUUUCUUUCCCCAAAUCAUCAGGCAUCAGGCAUUCCUUUGCUGAUAAACCUUCAGCAUUGAGCCUUUGCUUAACAUUUUCUGUACCCCUGAACUUUUUACUAUAGUACAUGCUAAGAAGCCCUCUUUUAUCAAAUUCAGUACCUUUUACUGCUGAAGAUAAAUUUAAAAUAUGGUUGCAAAUAGUAAGUACUGCAGACUGUAAUAAUUCCAGAUAAUCCCUCUCUUCACUAUGAAAGACAAAUGAAUCUGGAUCUCUUGAUACGUUUAAUGUCUGACUGUUCUGUAGUUGCAUUUUUGCCCGUAUUGUUCUCUUCCCUUACUUCAAUUUCACUGCAUAUUGCAGCGAAUUAUGGAGUUUUGUAUUUAAUUCCAGCUGCUGCUUAAGUUUUUUCCUAGUCUUUUCCUAUGCAUGCUCCAAAUCUAAUACUGGGGGGUAUCCUGUGCCUGUCUACUAUCUAAGAAGCAAAAUGCUUGGUCUGUUUUUGUACCAAGUAUUAUAUAUUUGAGAAAAAUCACUAAAAUUACCUUAGGUGCUCUCUGCAAUGAAUUCUAGAUACUAUAAUUUUAACCUUUGACUGCUCCUAUGCCUCACUCCCAGGUGUUAUGAGCAGAGGUCCUUGGCUCUGAAAGCAAAAGCUUAGGGCUGUAGCCAUUGUAUUGAUAAUGGCUUUUUGCAUGCAUGGGACCUAUGCUCUUUUACCACUUGUUUACAUAUGCUGAGUUUGAUUUUUUUAAUACUUUCCAUAAAAUACUGUUGAAAUGGAAAGCACCUGAUGUGCAUUGGACACUGAAAUUGAGCAGGGCAAUUUCAUAUAAGGGCUUCUGGUACAAUCCCAACAA